AUGAGUGGAUUUUUCAACUUUUGGAACGCACGUUAUACCGCAGACGUACGAUAUCCCGAAGAAUCUGCUCUGGUAACCACAAAAGAACAACAGUCAACCACGACCAGCGUUUUUCUACGCGAUUUUGUGGAGCGACGAUGCCCCUCACUUCAUUCGGAGUUCCGUCCCGCGUGGUGGUUGCCCAACGGCCAUACCCAAACUCUCUAUUGUGUCCUCGGAGAUUUCUCAGAGAGAGAUAAGGUAGUGUAUAAACGGACUUUUCUCCGCCUGCUUGAUGGCGGAACUCUAGGUCUGGACUUCACACCAGUGGAUGAUAGCCAUUUGCCGCCCGACACUCCAAUCAUCGUGGUUUUGCACGGGCUCACUGGGGGUUCAUAUGAAUCAUACGUGAGAGCCGUUCUCGCUCCCGCCUGCAUGUCGGCUCACCAGGGUGGACUUGGAUAUCGUGCGGUCGUGGUUAAUUUCCGCGGAUGCGCAGGCGUUCCGGUCACGAGCCCACAACUCUACUCCGCUGGCCAUACAGAUGACCUCCGCCAAGCUUUAUUCUAUAUAUCUCACCGGUACCCGGAAGCACCUUUAUUGGGUCUGUCCUUCUCCCUAGGAGCGAACGUUAUGACACGGUAUGUCGCUGAGGAAGGAGAACUUAGCCGUUUGAAAUCGGCAUGUAUUCUCGGAUGUCCUUGGAACUUGUCGGCGAAUGCCUCCAAGCUCUUGUCAACGUACAUAGGACGUCAUAUUUACUCGAAGGGCAUGGGCCGAAAUUUGGUUAAUCUUCUGAAGCGACACGUGGGCACUUUUGCCUCCGACCACGAUGUCGCUAAAGCUGCCGCCAUGACCAUCGGCCUCACUAAACCCACGAUCGACAUGUUUGACGAACACUUCACAAGAAUUGCUGGCGGUUCUUCGCCUCCCUGGCCCUUCGCAUCAGCCAACGAUUAUUAUGAAUAUUCAUCAAGCCACAAGGUGCUUAACAAGAUAAAAAUCCCACUCCUAGCCAUCAACGCCGCAGAUGAUCCUGUGGUUCAGGAUGUGCCAAUGGAUGCGGGAGGUAAUGGAUGGGUAAUUAUGGCCCUGACGCCCUACGGUGGGCACCUCGGAUGGUUCGAACCGGACGAGGGGUGGGGACAGGUCAGGCGAUGGAUCAAGCGCCCGGUGUUUGAAUGGCUGCGUGCAACGGGAGAAGACCUUGUUUGUUCGCCUCCGCAUUGGCGACCGUUGCAUGAAGACGGCGGCUUCCUCAAGGAAGUUGGCAUUGACAGGCUAGGGUGCAAAGAACUAGAUGGAAGCGAUAUCAUUUUGGGUACAGAGGGGGAGGCCGGAUUGCUGGCCGGGUUGUAA